AUGGGUACGAUAUGUAGUAAAAAGACGAGAGUGACGCAACAAGAUAGGGCAAUUCUAAAAUUAAAACAACAAAGAGAUGCUUUAAAACAAUACCAUAGGACAAUUGAACGGUCAAUUAACAAAGACUUAGAAGUUGCUAAGAAAUUACUAACAAAUGGACAUAGAGAAAGAGCGAAACUUAUUAUAAAAAAGAAAAGGUUUCAAGAGCAACUCAUGUUCAAAUUGGAUAAAAUCCUCAAUAAUAUAGAACAAAUAUUAAAUGAUAUGGAGUUUGUACAAAUCGAAAAUCAAGUAGUUGAAGGCUUGAAAAUAGCUAACGAAACAUUGAAGAAAAUAAACGCCGCUCUUGAUAUUAAAAACAUUGAAACUAUUUUAGAUGAUACUAAAGAGGGAGCAGAUAAACAAAAGAUAAUUACUGAACUUAUCAGUGGGUAUUUUACUGAAGAAGAUGAAGAAGCUAUAGAAGAAGAAUUGAUAGAUAUGCUUGAGGAAGAUCUACCUAAUGUACCUUUAGACGAACCUGAGAUAGUUACUAAUAAUGUGAAAGUUAAACAUAAGUCUAGUAGGAAUAAAGGGGAAAUGGAAUUAACAAAAUAG